AUGUCUCACUACCAGUAUCAACCCCUCGAUUCAUCAACCAACCAGAUACGACUCCUUCGGCUUCGAAAGGGCUACCACACCGAUGCCAUCGAGUGCGAGAUUUUCGAAACAUCUCUCGAUGAAGCCGACUGCAUACCCUACGAAGCUCUGUCCUACACAUGGGGCUUUGAGUCGGAACCUGCUGAAGUCAAGUUAAACGGCGAAGUGGCAUGGGUCACCUGGAACUUGUACAUGGCCCUGAGCUGCCUGCGUCUCAGCGAUCGCGACAGGUUGCUGUGGGUGGACGCGCUGUGCAUCAACCAGUCGAAUGACCAGGAGAGAGGCCACCAGGUCUCCCACAUGAAGCAGAUCUACCAGAAUGCCGAGCAAGUGCUGAUCUGGCUCGGGCGGGCGGGCGAUGACGUCGAUCUCCUCUUCGAUCUCAUGACCCAGCUUGAGAGGCGCGCGAUGCUGCAUAGUAACUACCGGAAGCAAUCUCCCGAUAGCUGGCGGGCGAUAUGGCCGGCCAUGGUAGAGGAGCAGGGCGGAACCCAGUCGGCCGUUUAUGUGAAGCGUCGGACAGCAAUGCUGGAGCUCCUGCAGCGCGAAUGGUUCCGCAGGAUCUGGGUCUUGCAGGAGGCGGCUAGUGCACGACGGGCUCUUAUUGUGUGUGGCUGGAGAUCUAUAUCAUCGAGGACGUUUGCCUUGAUUCCUUCAUUGAUGGACAUUGAACCAGAUGCCCAUUCCAGGGCUGUGUUGGAGAUCAUGCCGGGCCACCUGCGAGGCUCUUGCUGGUGGAGCGAGAAACGCACACUUGAGACCUUGCUAUGGAAGUUCAGGUCCAGCCGAGCAUCCGACCCGAGAGAUAGAGUAUAUGCCUUGCUAGGAAUCUCAUCAGAUGCCUGUCGAAAAGAUGUCUUCGCGGCAAAUUACGAAGUCGAUAUCUGCCGAACAGUUCAGAAUACGAUAUCGUAUCUUCUAUUUGGGACACUGCAUGAUCCAUCUCUCCAUCAACUUCCAGGAUGGGACUUGGGCCACGUUUUUUCCCUCCUCGAAACACCAGAUUGGGCUUUGCUCAAGUCUGAUGAUUAUCUGGCUCUGAGGAUCCUUAAUUUGGAGGGUCUCAACGUGAAUCAGGACGGUAGUCCCGACAGAACGCCGUUGCUCAUUCUGAUUUCUCAGCGCGGCCACGAGAAACUUCUUCAACAUCUCCUAGCCCGCGAGGACUUAAACAUCAAUGUCAAGGUUAAUGGACAUACCGUUCUAUACCAGGCAGUAAAAAAUGGAUUCAUAGACGUGGUCAAGACUCUGCUGACACGAGAAGACGUCCACAUUCAAACCAACGGCCCUAAUGGAUUCCAUGGAUUCUCCCCUUUAACAGCAGCCGCAGACAAGGGAGACUUUGAGAUGGUCAAGUUGCUUCUCGACCAUGGGGCAGACAUCGACGGGAACUAUAGAGGAAGCAGCAUAACCCCACUACGGGCUGCGUCAACGCGCUCGCAUCCUGAAGUUACCAAGCUUCUCCUCGACCGAGGUGCAAAAGCUGACGGUCCCGAAAUGUUGUCCGUGCUGACGGCAGUAGCAAGCGAAGGCAAUCGUGAGAUGACCAAGACGCUCCUUGACGGUGGGAUAAAUGUCGAGGGACUUGGACUUCGCAGCGAAAGCCGAACAUCCCCGCUAUGGGUUGCGACGACAGACCGGCAUCCCGAAGUUGUCAAGCUGCUCCUCGAGCGAGGUGCCGAAGUCAAUUUCAAGCACGGCCACUUCGGGUCCUCCGCCUUGUGGGCAGCUUCUGAAUUCGGCUACGUCGAGAUAAUGACCCUGCUCCUCGACGCCGGCGCCGACAUUGAGAGCCACCAGCUGCCGCACAGGGCGACGCCUCUUGCCUGUGCUGUCGAGAAUGGACACUGGGAUGCUGUCGACUUGCUCCUUGAUCGUGGCGCGAACCCAUUCGCCCAGCAUACGGACGGGGAGAUGGUGAUACACAAAGCAGUCAAACUCGGCAAAAUCGAGUUCCUCCGGAUCCUGCACCACAGGAACAUCCCGAUGGACACCGCAGGCCGGACCCCAUUACACGUGGCAGCCAAGCACGGCCAGGUCGAAGAGCUCAAGUUUCUACUGAGCAUCGGCGCGGACGUCAGCCGCAAGAACGACUUCAGCGAGACGCCCCUGAUGGAAGCUGUGGCGUUCAGCGAUGCCUCAAUCGUCGAAAUACUAAUUCAACACGGCUCGGAUGUCAACACGUUGGAGGAUGGCGGUCGUACACCACUCAUGGUCGCCUCUUCGCUUUGCAGACAGGACACUGUCCGUGUCCUUCUCGAUCACGGUGCUGAUCCGAACAUCCAAGACGUAUCUGGGAAGACAGCUCUUAUGCGUAUCAUUCCCCUCAUGGGCUCGGGUAAAAAGAACGGAUUGGGGAGUGAUGUCGGAAUCGCUACGCUCUUGCUGGAAUCAGGGGCAAAUGUGAACUGCCAAGAUCAUCAAGGCAGGACAGCACUUUCCUGGGCCGCCGAACGUGGGCUAUUUUCCCUGAUCAGGGUGCUGCUCGUACACGGGGCUGACAAGACAGUUAAGGAUAAAUUUGGCAGGGAACCUUUAUCGUAUUCACUGGGGAAGUAA